AUGUCCAACAAGCAGCGAGUACUGACAGGUUUAGUAUUCUUUAUCCUGUUGGUAGUUGGUUUGGUAAAUUGUCAAACCAAUUGUCCACAAGAUGCACAAGGUUUAACAUUGUUUUCCAGUGUUACUGGAUUCUCUGUUGCUGAUAGUCAAAUUACUAUUAGCACAGCUGUCAAGGUUGACAAAUCUCCACCAAACAAGCUUCGUUCCAUAACCGUUUUGAAUGGUGGUUCUCUAAUUUUCGAUAAUACCAACUUGACUUUGAAUGUUGAUUUUAUUAGAGUGGAAUCAGGCGCUAGCUGGAUCAUGGGAAGUGCCACAUGUCCAAUUACUAGCAAAAUUGUGUUGACAUUCUAUGGCGCUCGUACUACUGAGAAUGAUAUUGGAACAGAUCCAUUUGAUAACGUUAACAUGGGCUCAAAGGGUAUUGGUUUCCUCUCUGGAUCAAAGGUACAAAUCUUUGGUCAAGUUGAUUAUCCAACAUUUACUGAUCUGGCUGUUACUGCUGUCAAGGGUUCUAAUCAAAUCAAGUUGAGCGAAAGUGUUUCUUGGAGAGUUGGUGAUUCUAUUGUUAUUGCUACCUCAGAUUAUGGUGAAUUACUUGACUAUACCAAAGUAACUUCUUCAUUAAUUGGUUGGGCUAGAGGUGUUAAAUUCCCAGAUCAAAAUGAAGAGCGUAUUAUUACUCAAGUUUUAGAUGGCGGAAAGACUAUUGUCUUGGAUGCUCCACUCAAUUACACUCACUACAGCGAUGGUAACAAGAUCAAGCCAGAAGUUGGUUUAUUGUCUAGAAGAAUUGUCUUCCAAGGUGACAAUUCAUCUGAUGCUUCUCAAUUCGGUGGUCAUUUCAUGGUUCGUUUGGUUACUCAAUUCCAAGUUGAAGGUAUUGAAAUUAGAAAGUUUGGUCAAUAUGGUUUGAUGGGAAGAUACUCAUUCCAUCUUCACCUUUUGGAAAAUACUGCUCAAGGUACUGCUUUGGGUACUCAAUAUUAUAUCAAGGGAUGUUCAGUUCAUGACUCUUUCCAAAGAUGUUACGUUGUUCACGAUACCAAUUAUUUCUUGCUUCAAGAUAAUGUCUGCUUCAAUGCCAAUGGUCACUGUUACUUUUUGGAAGAUGGUUCUGAAGUCGGAAAUGUUUUCAAACAUAAUUUGGGAAUUCGUCCAAAGCCAGUUUAUGAUUUGGCAUAUCGUUUAAUUCCAUCUGACAGUGAUGUUGCUGUUUUUUGGAUUACUAAUCCAAACAAUACAUUCGUUGAUAACCAUGCAAUGGGUGGAAAGCAUUCUUUUUGGUUUACAAUGCCAACAUUCCCAACAGGUGCAAGUGCCUCCCUGUAUGCUCCAGGUUCUAUCAAUCCUAGAACUGCUCCUCCAAAGCCAUUUUCAGGAAAUGUAGCUCACAGUGGUCAAAAUGGUCUAUUCAUUGACGAUAUGGAAAAAUCUGAUGGUACAACUGAAUUGGCAGGUUAUUAUCCAGCUAUUGAAGCACUAAUUGAUAACUUUACUGCUUACAAAAUGAGAGGUUAUGGUAUUUGGGCUCGUUGUGGUAAUAUUGUUUUCAAAAACUUGUACUUGACUGAUAAUAUGAGACAAAUGAACUCUCCACCUGGUACUUCAUACAUUACUGAUUCUAUCAUGAUUGCUGAAUCUGAGAAUGUUGGUGAUUAUACUUUGAGACCAUCUGUUGAUAUUGGUAAUAGAACAAGACCAAAUGCUUACUACUCAACCACUACUGUUAUUAAGGGUUAUGAAACUUAUGAUAAUGGUGGUGCUGAAUUAUUGAGAAAUGUCACUUUCAGAAACUUUGUCACUGACAAGUAUAAGAGAGCUGGUUGUUUGUCAGUCCUUGAUAACUUCUUCAGACUCCAUACUAGAAAUAGAUAUUGUGAUUUAAAGUUUGAAAACUCGCCCCAAAGAGUAUUCUUGGAUACUGUCACUUAUGAAAAUCACAAGGGUGCUGCUCUCAUGGAUAUCGAUGGUUCAAUCACUGGUGUAGAAGCUGGUGCUUGGAUUAGUGGUACUGACCCAAUUCAAAACUUUGAAGGUUGUAUCACAAGAUAUGACUGGAAUAAUGCUUCAGUUUGUCCAUUGAUGGGAGAAUCAUACUUCCAAUUAAGAGUAACUAAUUAUAACAUUUCUUCUUCAGUAAUUAUCGAUCCAAAUGGUGUUUCACAUCCUGAUUUUAAGGAUAAUUCAAAGAGAGUUCCGAGAUUAAUACUCACUGAUCUCUUGAGAGGUAUUCAAGGUACAGUGUCAGGUGUCCAAUCCAGUGGAGGCGACUUUGCCAUGCAGGCAAACAUUCCAGCUCGUGGUUUCUAUUCUAUCAAGUUUAACUGGGAUCUUCCACCUCCAAAUCCAAUGAAUUUGAAUAUGCAAUCAUCUGGUGCUGGUGAUUGGGCUGUUUUUGUUGCUCAAUAUCCACUUGGUACUACAUUCAGUGUAACAAGUAGUAACGAUCCAAAAACUCUCAAUUUAUGUGACUCUCUGGAAGAUGUCAUUAACUUCCCAACACAAUGUUAUUAUUUCAAUGCCACAACUGGUCACUUUUAUAUCAAGUUGAAGAAUACCAACUCCAAGAGUGGUAAGAAGGAAUGGUAUGGCUUUGUUGAUUAUGGUAAUUAUGGUAGUUCAGCUGCAAUCAAUGUUACAGCCACUUGUCCAAAUGAUUAUUGUGGAGCCACCCAAAGUCUUCCAUCAAAUCCAAGAGAAACUUAUAGAGUUUACAUGAAGGAAGAUAGAUUUGUAGGUCGUUUGGAAAUGUGUCAACAAGCUGCUGUUUCUCCAUUGGCUUCUGGUUCUUCCCAAGCUGUUGGUUCAGUUUUUGCCUUCCUCAAUUAUAAUGACAGAUUAUUGGAUAUUGUUCUCCAUCACAAUAUGAAUAAUAGGGCUACUUUGGUUGAAGUUGGUGUCGGUGCUCCUGGUUCUGUUGAAAGAAUGAUCACUAUAACUAUUAGAUUUGGUUUGCAAUUGUCUUAUGGAGAAUGGGUUGACUUGUUGAAGGGAAGAAUUUUCGUAAAGGUUUCCAGUAUUGAAAAUCCAACAGGUCACUUGAGAGCUCAAUUGUACUGUAGUGGUAAAUGUAAUUUGCCACCAGCAGUUCCAAUCACUUCUCCAUGUACUGUCAAGAAUGCUUCUGAAGUUAUUACAUUGUAUGAUGAAGGAGCUACUUUCAAGUCAACUGGAUUCACCAAUGGUCCAUAUGCUGGAGCUAGUCCUGAUUACUACGUUGCCAACAUUACCUAUCCAUUCAAUCCAAUUUGUGGUAAUUCUUCUUAUUACUUUGGACUCAAGAAGGGAGGUUUCCAACUUUACAGAGGUUCAGUUGUCAAUGUGGAUACCAGUAUUUUCAAAUACUUUGAAUUCUUCAUUAAGGGAACCAAUAGCUCUGGAUCCAUUGAUUUGAACUUGGCCUUUGCUUGGUACAAUACUACAUCCAAGGCUUUCAUUACCAUUGGUAGAGGUAUUACAACCAAUGCAACCUACAUUCAACACUACAAGAUUGAUGACACUCGUGUUACCAGAGUUAGAUAUCCUCUCACUGAUUUGGGAUUCCAAGGAGUUCAACCAUUCAGUAGAUUUGCCUUCUCCUUAAACAACAAUGGACAAUACAGAGAAAUGAUCCUCGAUAAUAUUCGUUUCGUUGGAGAUCAAGGCACUGAAGAGACAUCCAGAUAUAUCACUUCAAGUGAAAUUAAGACCUGGGAUUCUGUUUCAUCUUGUGGUGUUUCUGCUAAUCCAGAUGUUGAUCCAUUGAAGAUGGCCUCUCUAUUCUUUGAUGUAACCAAUGAAGUAAGAUCAGGACAAGAUACUGUUCCAGAACCAGGCACUUCAACUACUCCAAUUUCACCUUCAGCAAGUAAUAAUACUGUCAUUCCAAGAAGUUCUAUUGUUUCUGGUGCUUGUUCUAUUGGAAUGAAUAUGCUCUUGAUGGUGAUUAUUGUAUUGGUUUCUGCUGCCUUCUAA